AAGUGGGAACCGGAAGCCGGCAGUUUCAUUUUUCUGUUUGUGGUCCUGCUCGUCCUGCUCCGUUGGCCUCCCGCGACGUCUAGCAUCAAUUCAACCGACACCUGCGACAACAAUCAAUCUAAUUGAAUUAAUUCAUUUAUUGUCGAAUUUAUUUUUCUAUUUCAACCUGCGACACAGACAUGGACGUAGCCGAAGACCAGGCGUCGUGUUGACGUUAUUUUGUGCGCACUGACUCGGUGAUGCUGACAGGAGAAUGAAGACAGACCUGCAAGAAUUGGUAGCCAUUUUAAAAGUCCGCCUCUUAUCAAGAUAUCCAAUACAGAUUUUCAAAUGAAAAUGGAGGAUAUGCCUCUGUCAGGCCCAGACAACACCAAGCUGGAGGCCUUGGUCCAUGACAUCUACUCUGAGCUGGUGGACGAUGCCUGUUUGGGCCUGUGCUUUGAAGUUCAUCGUGCGGUGAAACAGGGCUUCUUCUUCUUGGACGAGACGGACCAAGAGAGCAUGAAGGAGUUUGAAAUCGUGGAUCAACCAGGAGUGGACAUAUUCGGGCAGGUGUACAACCAGUGGAAGAACAAAGAGUGCGAGUGUCCGAACUGCAAGAGAUUGAUCGCAGCUUCUCGCUUCGCCCCACACCUGGAGAAAUGUCUGGGCAUGGGACGCAACAGCAGUCGAAUCGCCAACCGCAGGCUUGCCAGCAACAAUAACAUGAGCAAAUCAGAGAGUGAUCAGGAAGACAAUGAUGACCUUAACGAUAACGACUGGUCGUACGGGGCGGAAAAGAAAGCCAAGAAAAGAAAGUCAGAUAAGAGUCAAAAUUCGCCCAGAAGAUCCAAAUCUCUGAAACACAAAAAUGGCGAGCUCGGUGGCAGCAUCGGUUCCGAGCCCUACAAGGUGACGACUUCCUCCUUUAAUCAGUAUAACUACAACACAGGCAUCAGUUAUGAAUCAUUAGGCCCUGAUGAAGUCAGAUCACUAUUAUCAACACAAUGUGGCGUGAUCUCUGAGCACACCAAGAAGAUGUGUACCAGGUCUCAACGAUGUCCCCAGCACACGGACGAACAGAGGAGGGCCGUCAGGGUGUUCCUCCUGGGGCCGUCCGCGCCGUCGCUGCCCGACGCAGACACAGUGGCGGAGAGCGACAGCUUCGACAUUCCAGAUGGACAGGCGCUGAUGAGCCGCCUGCAGUGGGAAGACUCCCCGGAUAUCUCGCCCACCGACUCUGCCUCAUCUAAAGCCAGCGCCAACCAUUCAGACUCUAGGAAGCCGAAGAAGAAGAAGAGGACAUCUCUAGCUCUGAAUUGCGGGGGGGGAGGGGGUGGAGUAGGAGCAGGAGGAGGAGGAGGAAGCAGCCUGACUGGAGGCUGCAGCAGCAGCAGCAGCUCUCAGAGUAACCUCAGCGUGUCGUCCAAGAAGAAGAGGCCCAAACUCUCAGCACCUUCGAUUUCAAGUAUCUAUGACGACUUAAACUAGCAGCAACUCUUUCUUCUUCUCGGUAGAAUCAUUCCUAGAAUUAUCUGUUCCGGUCAUGGUGGGAUUUAAUCAUGAUUUAGCAGUUCUUUAAUCGUUCUGCUUUAACAAGUAAGGCAUCUACCAUUUUAGUGAAGAUUUUCUCCUGUUUUUAAGAUCAGUGUCCCUUAAGCGGUUGGGUCAAAUUCCAAUCAGAGUAUCUUGUGGCACUUUUUGUCGUUGGUCCUUUUGGGAUUACAUUAUUAACUUAACCAUGGGUUCUCUGAAAUGACUUUUGGGGUAUUUUGAUGUAUUACUAAGAAGCUGAGAAUGUAAAGAGCUGAACGUAACUCCCACGUGUGAUUCGUCGACAUGUAAUUCCCCAAAUCAUCGACUAUGACUGCUGCUAGCAUAGCCUCCUCGCUCGGGAGGACGACUUUUACACCAGACUUUUUCGAACCCGGCUGCAGGAUUUUAUUUAUUUUUUGGUUUAAAUCCCAUUCAGCCACAAAAGCAUCCACGCAGAUGUUAGAUGAUAAAAGCCUGGUUCACCGUCUUGUGUUCCAGCUUAUCCUGAACGUGUUUGAGGUCGGGGCUCUGUGCAUAAAAAAAUUGUAUGCGGACUGUGUUGUCCACAUAGUUUUGACCAUAUAGUUUAAUCAGUUUGAGGUGAUUUGUCUCAAAUGACACAAUCACAAAAGUCUUGUCUCUGUUGAUGAGCAUUGCUUUUCAAAUUCACAACUUAAAAACAGAUGUACAAUAUUAGGGAAAUAAAAAAAAAAAAAUCACGUUUCUUUUUAAAAGAAAACAUUAAUGGCCUUUUCUCCACAGCAGCAAUGAUGACAUGACACAGCAGGAAAAACCACACGUGUAAUUGAUAAUAUUGAUAAGACACAAACUCAUUAGUGUCACUCACUUCUGUGCUUCACCUGCUGUGACAAGUCAAAAUACCUGCUGUGAAAAAGCCUGAUCACCUUAUUUAAUGUUCAAGAACUUUUUUUGUUGGGCUCCAAGCCUUUUUCUUCAUUCGCAUAAAAAUGUUCAUGUUUCAGUUGAGGCUUUCUGAAACCUUCAGGCGUCUAGAACCAACAUGAUCCGAUGUGAAAGGUGAGAGAUAUUUAACAUUAGAGGUCAGAUGCAAUAUCACGAGAAUCGUGUACGUGCAAAUUUUCUCAUUAGAUGUCUGACUUAUUUCAUUUGGCUUAACGAAAACCCAAAGACUUGACUGGUGUAGUGAUUGUUUUAGACUCAGAAGUGCAUAGUACUUAAAAGUUAGUAACUGUAAAACUUAGGGACUGUACAAAAAUUAGGGGGUCAGACAAGUGGUAAUGUUAAUUUUGUUUAAGUCCAAGGCUGUAAUAACUGUUUAUCCAGCAGCUUUUAAUACUUUGUUUUGCAAUAUUGAGGAAAGUUGCAGUAGCUUUCUUUCCCCCGUUUUUCAAUCUUCUCAGAUGACCUCCCCCUCCCCGAUUGUUCUUGUACAGUCUCUGAGGUUUCGCCUCAAAUGUGAUGAAAACAAUUUCAUUUCCAGUGCGGCUAAUUUACUUUCGUUCCACACUCGGUCUUCAGUAGCGUCGACUCAACUGUGCCCUUCUGAAUCCAUUUGCAGUGACGUCUUGUGACGUGCACUAAAGAUAAAAACAAACUGUUGUUGGGAUGAAUCGUGGGCAUGAACGGAAUUUAAUUUUUUCUUCUCCCAGCCGACUUCAUUUGUGAAUGAAGCUGAUGUUCUCUCUCGUGGCUAUUUUGUGUAUCUGUGCGAGUGCAAUGAAAGUAUGCAGUGUUGUAGGUUUUCAAUAUAUAUUUUCUUCCAAUGCACAAGCACAAACGAGUGCAUGUGUGAACGACUGUAUCGGAACAUAAUGUGAUCUGUAGGUUCAUUUUUCUUCACUGCCAUACGUACUGAUGUUUGUAUAUGAAUAAACACACAAGCGUUCACACAC